CCCGGGAGCCUCGAACUGAGAGAAGCGAACGCUUAAGAGCAGAGGCCCGCCUACUGCGUUUGCGCGAGCCGCGGGACACCCGCGGAACCGCCGAACGACCGUCUCGGCGAGCUUCGCGCUACCUGCCGAACGGCGCCUGCGCGCUGAGAACGCCCACCCUUGGAGUCACCUGUUGGAGCGCCACGCCCGCUUCGCUCUGGGCAUGCGUGUUGCGCGCCGGACGGGCGGUGGAGUCACGUGUUAGGGCGCUAGCCGGCUCCCGCGGGGGCGCUUCCUGUGACGCCCGACGCCGCGGCCCUGGGGUGCGGGAGCCCUGGGCGGCGCCGGGCGGGAGAAGGCCUGGGUUGGUUUCGGAUCCGCCGCGAGGUAUCUUGGCUGCCAAGAUGCCAGGGCCAAGACCUCGGAAGGGCGCUCAGGCUGGUGGCCAGGGUGUGGCAGUUGCCAAGCAGCUGGGGCUCUUUGUGGAGUUGAGCCCAGAGGACAUGCUGCUGGGGAUGGAGGAGACGGAGGAUGAUGGAGACCUGGAGGCUGAGCUGCUGGCCCUCACUGGGGAAGCAGGGACCACAGGCAGGAAGCCAGCACCCAAGGAGCAGGCUCCCCUGCCUAUGGCCCACAUCGAGAAGCUGGCGGCGGACUGUAUGCGGGAUGUGGAGGAGGAGGAGGAGGAGCAAGGGCUGGAGGAGGACGCAGACUUGCUGACUGAACUGCAGGAGGUCCUGGGUGCAGAUGAGGAGGCUGGGCCCCUGGAUGGCAGUGAGACAGCCAGCCAAGGUGUCCCUGAGGAGGAGAAGGGACAGGAAAACAUUGAACCCCCUGUGCAGACAGCUCUCCUAACAGCUUCAGUCCCAGCAGCUCAGGCUGGAGGGCCUCAGGGGCUGCAGGCUCUGCUGGAGGAUCGGAUCCACAACUACCGGGAGGCUGCGGCCAGUGCCAAGGAGGCCGGUGAAGCAGCCAAAGCCAGGCGCUGUGAGCGCGGCCUGAAGACUCUGGAGUCUCAGCUGGCUGCUGUGAGGAAAGGCAGGAAGAUCAAUGAGGAUGAGAUUCCACCUCCAGUGGCCUUGGGCAAGAGGCCUCUGGCCCCCCAGAAAACAACCAACAGGAGCCCUGAGGCAGACUCCCCAGGUCCCCCCACUGUGGAGCCAGACAACCCUUCCCAGCCUGAGACAAGCCUCUUGGGCAGCCCUCACAUUUCUGCCCCACCUGACUCAGACCCCGACCCCCGGGCCCUGUUGUUGGCCCGACAGAGAGAAUACAAAACAGCUGCCCUGAAUGCCAAGCGGGCUGGAGACCUCGACCGUGCCCGAGAGCUCAUGAGGACGGGGAAGAAAUUUGGUGCUGUCCUGGAGGCUCUGGAGAAGGGGCAGCCUGUGGACCUGAGUGCCAUGCCCCCAGCACCUGAGGACCUGAAGCUCCUCCCACAGGCUUCCAAGGCCCCCACAGCACCCUCAGUUGUAUCCCCAGCAGUGGAGCGAGUGCAGCCAUUGAUGGCCCCUGACACCCCAGCAACCCCAGCCCCUACUGAGCCACAGACAGUGCUGGAUGCACUGCAACAGAGGCUGAACAAGUACCGUGAGGCAGGCCUCCAGGCCCGGGGCAGUGGGGAUGAGCGCAAGGCCCGGAUGCACGAGCGCAUUGCUAAGCAAUAUCAAGAUGCCAUUCGAGCACACCAAGCAGGACGGAAAGUUGACUUUGCUGAGUUGCCUGUUCCUCCAGGAUUCCCCCCCAUCCCUGGCCUGGAGUCCACCACGGUCACUGAGGAGGAUGCAGUGGCAGCUACUUUAGCAGCUGCCCAGAAACUGGCUUCCUCAGAGGAUGCAGCCCCAGCAGAGGAAGACGAGGAUGAGAACGAGGAUGAGUCCCCAGCUCAGGCCCCAGUGGCCAAGAAGCCAGUACAGCCUCUGGUUCCUUCAUCCCGGUCCCUGCCUGAGCCCAAGGCCUCGAGUUCUAAGGAGUCACUGAGUCCCUCUGUGCGGGAGCAGCUGGCAGUGCUAGAGACACGGAAACUGCAGUACCAGCGGGCUGCCCUGCAGGCCAAGCGUGGCCAGGACUUGGAGCAGGCCAAAGCUCACAUGCGGGUGGCCAAGUGCCUUGAGGCUCAAAUCGUCCAGGUCCGAGCUGGGCGACCCGUGGACCUCUCCAAGGUGCCUUCACCCUUGACGGAUGAGGAGGGUGAUUUCAUCCUCAUUCAUCAUGAGGACCUGCGACUCUCCCAGAAGGCCGAGGAGGUGUAUGCCCAGCUACAAAAAAUGCUUUUGGAGCAACAUGAGAAGUGUCUGCUGUACUCUAAGCAGUUCAUGCACCAAGGCAAUGUGACUGAGACUACCCGGUUUGAGAAGCUUGCUCAGGACCGCAGGAAGCAGCUUGAAAUCCUGCAGCUGGCCCAGGCCCAGGGCCUCGACCCUCCCAGCCACCACUUUGAGUUGAAGACAUUCCAGACUGUGAGGAUCUUCUCAGAACUCAACAGCACAGAAAUGCAUCUGAUCAUUGUCCGGGGAAUGAACCUCCCAGCACCUCCAGGGGUGACCCCUGAUGACUUGGAUGCUUUUGUGCGGUUUGAGUUCCACUACCCUAACUCGGAGCAGGCUCAAAAAAGCAAAACAGCUGUGGUAAAGAACACAAACUCACCAGAAUUUGAUCAACUGUUCAAACUAAACAUCAACCGAAACCACCGAGGCUUCAGGAGGGUGAUUCAAAGCAAAGGAAUCAAAUUUGAAAUCUUCCACAAAGGAUCCUUCUUCAGAAGUGACAAGCUGGUCGGCACAGCUCACCUGAAACUGGAGCGGCUGGAGAAUGAGUGUGAGAUCAGAGAGAUUGUGGAGGUCCUGGAUGGAAGGAAGCCCACUGGGGGCAAGCUGGAGGUGAAGGUGAGGCUGCGGGAGCCUCUGAGUGGCCAGGACGUGCAGAUAGUCACUGAGAACUGGCUGGUCCUGGAGCCCAGGGGCCUGUGAGCAGAUGGUCAGAGUCAGGCCAGCGAUUGUGUGCAGGAGCAUACUUUUCCCAGCUUUGCUGGCUACAGAACCCUUUGUACCUAAGGGAGAUGCUGCUACACAAGCACCAAAGACCUGUUAAGUACGUGCAUUACUGACCACCGUCCUGGUCUGUCUUUCCUGUUGCUGACCCCUCCCUGGCCUCCACCGAAGCAGGCAGGAAUCCAGGAGUCCCCCUCCCCCUCCCUCUGAGUGAAGGCAAGGCCUCAUUGCUCUGUGCCAUGGAGUCUUGUAGCCCCGUAACCUUGUGAGCAACUGUGUGCAGCUUUCCCCAGCCCCCAGGUGCAGCAUUCCUGGAUGUGCCUUUAAAAGAUGUAACUGUGAGGGAUGGGAGAACUCGAGCGUGAUCGGGAAGCCCCUGGCUUAGGGCGGGGCAGGGUUCCGUGACUCCAGUUGGUCAGUGGCAGCCCGUCCCAUACAGCCCCGUUUACCCCGGCUCUGCCUGUGCCUUGGUUCCUCACGGCUGCUGCCCCAGCCUCCCUGCUUCCCAGAGCUCUCAGUGGAGGAGGGAGGUUAUGUUCAGGACGUGUGGUGGGAAGUAAGGGCAAGUUUGUAUCGUGGACUCAGUCCAUGCACCUAAGACUAAAAGACUGUUAACUGAAGAAAAAAAAUUAUAUAUAUAUAAUAAUUUUAAGUAACUUUUUAUUUAAGAAACUAGGUCUAAGUCAUUACAAGGGUUUUAUACUCUACACACAGAGUAACCAUCAAAGUCCUAAACAAAAGCCCUGCUCCUUGUUACUUUUUAAAAGCCAGAGUAGCAGUAACAUUUAAUUGACAGGCACUGCAGCUAUGGCUUCCUCUUCUGAGAGAGGGCAGGGGAAGCAUCACCUCUUCAGGGGUUCACCCAGGGAAAUCCCCCAGUUCUUUCCCAAGAAAUUCUCCUUGGCUUUGUUAUUCUGAAUGGAGACAUAGGAGGGAUUUGUGGUUACAGUAGAUUUAAUAUUCAAAAACAGCAAUAUUCUACAUUUCUUAGAAAUAAACUUUAACAUCCCAUC